UCUAUCGCCAACUCUCCCGCGAACCGCAGGCAGCGUGCCUUUUCAUGCCUGAGGUGUCCACGGCCGAAAGCCAGCCGUGGAGAACGGACGGCCAAUUGGAAGACAGCGGGGCUCCGAAGCCAAUCAAACCCCGUCUGGGCGUCACCAAACAUCCACGCAAGUGAGCUGCAACUCAAUCGCCAAUCGACAUCAUCAGUAACUCCCACCGAUUGGCAUUGCGGCACCACCGACGCCAAGAUGCUGUCCCGUCAGAUUGUGCGGAUGUCGCCCUUCCGGGCCGCCGUGCUCCCUGCCGCGCGACGACUCCCUCUGAUCCAACAACGAGCGUUCCUACCCGAAUCGAUGGUCGGAAGGUCCAAGGUCGACGAGAAGUAUCCCGACUCCGACUAUCGGACGCUUUCGCCGGCGGAGGAUCCAGACAUGAACGGCGGCUACAUCAACCCUCCUCGCAUCAAGCGCCAAUUCCGUGAUCCGCAUGCCGACUGGUGGGAUAAGCAAGAGCGGAGGAACUUUGGCGAGCCGGUGCACGAGGACCACGAUAUCCUCGGCAUGUUCUCGCCGUACGAGUACACAUGGACCACCCCCGGCAAGGGCCUAUUCCAGAUCGGGUGCUUUGUUACCGUCUUCCUGAGCGUGUGCUACGCUGUCAAGUUGACGUACCCGGAUCGGGUCAGCUACCCGCGGGAAUUUGAAGGCGGACUGGAGAGGGAGCUGGGCGGUCGUGGUGCCAUGAGGGCCAGAAUGGAGGGCGAUCCGGAUCCGUGAAGGCUGCGGCGAAAGGUGUUGUAUAUAUCCAGUUAGCGACUACCCUUAUUGCCCUGGUAGCAUCUUGGAAGCGCCUUGCGCAGAAAGCGUAACUGGGCGGAUUUACUGUUAUUUUCGUCAGGCGAUUCCAGGCGGAGGACAACGAACAUUAAGAUUGCCAA